UGCCGCUCUCACUCGCCCGAGCUCUCUCUGCCCCUCGUUCCCUGUCACUCGCUCGCCCUCUCCCCCUCUCAUUUGACUGUGCCUCGCGAGGCGUCCAGCGGCUCCUUCAUGAGCCCCGCCGACUGAUUGUCACCCCGGCCCGCGCCCCUCUCCUUCCGCACCUGGAGCCAGGCAGGAGCAGCGGCAGCAUGUCCCGCAGGAAACAGAGCAAACCCAGGCAGAUCAAACGGCCCCUUGAGGAUACGAUUGAAGAUGAAGAAGAGUGCCUGUCUGAGGAAAAUGACAUUAUCUCAAAAGAAGAGUUUCCUUUGGAGGAAAGCUUUUCUGCAGAGUUUGAGCCUGAGAAUCUGAUUUGUGAAGAAGUGGAAUACUUUUGUAAUAAAGGUGAUGAAGAGGGCAGCCAGGAAACAACAGAAUCAGACGGUGAUGCACAGUCAGAGAAACCAGGACAACUCAUUGUGGAAACCGAUGACUGGGAUGGGCCAGGUAGGAGAAAACAAAUGAAAAUCUAGAAUAAAUAAUUUGAAAUUGACACACUGAGAAUGUUUUCCUUAUGUUUCUGUAAUUAGGGCCAAUGUUGCAUUGUUUUGUAAAUUGAAAAACUUCCUGCAUUCAUGUGGUACCUUGAGAUGUCUACAGGUAAGAGCUGAGGCAAAAUGCUUCACCAGACAACCAUUCUGAACAUGUCCAUCUUACAUGAGAAUUAUACAGAGUAAAGUUCCUAUGUUAUUGCUACUAGAUAUAAAAAUGUUAUUCCUUAGCAUUUUGAUAACUAAAUGCCGGAUUGGAGUUAGCAAGAGGCUCCCAUUUUCAUUGUUGGCUAUGGCUGAUAGUGUCUCCCAAUUCCAGGGGUGGGCAAGAUACAUCUCAUGGGCCGGAUCCAGCCCUCCAAGCCACAGGAUCCAGCCCGUGGACCACCCUGCUGGAACCGUCAGGCACAUAGCAGACUCUGUUUUUAGCAGAGGGCUGUUCCAUGUGACUAUCUGCUCUGGAAGGAGAGGGAGGCUAUAUGUGAUCUCCC